GCCAUCUCCACUCCAGAGACCAUCGGACUGAUCUCCGGGCAUUCUGUUAAACGUGCCGCACGUGCUUCGUCUUCUGUCGAUAACCACUCCUUCCGCACCUCAUUUGGCAAGAUAUAAUGUACAGCAUGCGCGUCCUCCUGUUGUUGGCCUUCAGCGCCGGAUUAUCAUUGAGUCAGGAGUACUUCCGGGAGCCGGAGAAGGUGAUUUCCGCAGAGCACAACCUUGGUGACAAUAAAGGGCACUAUUCGUUCAACUACGAGACGGAGGGUGGAAUCCUGCAGAAGGAAGUCGGGAGCCGGAAAUACGCCGGAACAUCGGACGAGACCCAACUGAUCCAGGGCUCUGUGCAAUACAACGCACCCGACGGUACUCCGAUUUCAUUGAGCUGGACAGCCGACGAAUUUGGCACCCAAGUCGCCGGGGCUCAUCUUCCCACGCCACCCCCGAUUCCCAUCGCCAUACAAAGGGCGCUUGAGUGGAUCGCCAAGCAGCCGUCAACGACGGAAGUUCCGGAAGAAGAAGAACCCACCAAACCACCCCCAAGACUCAGGCCGGAAACGACACUGUUCAAUCAACAGACGCGAAACCAGCAACCUAAGAAAUACUAACGAUUGACUGUAAUAAAAACUACUUUUUCAAA